AUGGGCGUUAUUGGCUGCGGGCAUCGAGAUGAGACGCUGCGCCAAGUGCCCCCUGUUUACCAAUCAAUGCACGCUGCCGCCAAGAAGCCCAGGACGGAGGUGUCGACUAGUUCGCAUGCCCCAUCGUCAACUCCUGGCUGCUUGGGGCGGAUCGUGCCUCUCACUCCUCGCUAUCCUGCUGCUGUUGCUUUUGGGCGAAGAACCAUCUGCUGGACCCAGAUUGCCCUGCUACCAUCUCGAACUCAGGAUCAGGCCCCAAUCUUUCCCUCCGUCUCCUGCUGCUCGAACCUCCGUUCGCGCUGA